GCGGGCUCCCUGUGGCCUUUGGAGGCCCGGCCAGUCGGCUCCAAAUGUUUUCCAUAUUUGUUCAGCCUCCGUAAUCCGAAUACCAGGGCAGGCUCAGCCCGCCCAGCGCCGCUCGGGGCCCAGUGCGCGCCGCACACGCACGGUCCCACCCACGCCGCCGCCAUGGGCAAGGACCGGCAGCCCCGCGGCCAGCGGAGGCAGGGGGGGCCGCCGGCCGGGGACGCCGCCGGGCCCGACGACAUGGGGCCGAAGAAGGGCACGGGGGCCCCCAAGGAGUGCGGGGAGGAGGAGGCCCGGACGUGCUGCGGCUGCCGGUUCCCGCUGCUGCUCGCCCUGCUGCAGCUGGCCCUGGGCAUCGCCGUGACCGUGGUGGGCUUCCUCAUGGCGAGCAUCAGCCCCUCCCUGCUAGUCAGAGACACUCCAUUUUGGGCUGGGAUCCUUGUCUGCUUGGUGGCCUACCUUGGUUUGUUUAUGCUUUGUGUCUCAUAUCAAGUUGACGAACAGACAUGUAUCCAGUUUGUUAUGAAACUACUGUACUUUUUGCUGAGCGCCCUGGGCUUGAUGGUCUGUGUGCUGGCCGCGGCGUUUGCUGCCCACCACUAUUCACUGCUCAACCGGGUUACCUGUGGGCCCGCACUCGACGCCUGCCACUGCAAAGCGCCCACCUCCGAGCCGCUCAGCAGGACCUUUGUGUACCGGGAUGUGACUGACUGUACCAGCAUCACCUUCACUUUCAAAGUGUUCUUACUCACCCAGAUGAUUCUUAACUUGGUGUGUGGCCUUGUGUGCCUACUGGCCUGCUUUGUGAUGUGGAAGCACAGGUACCAGGUCUUUUAUGUGGGUGACAGGAUGUACUCCCUCACAACUUCCCAAGGCCAGCAGCAAAAGGUCUAACACUCUUUCUCAAAGGUGGGAGAGAAAAACAGCACACUGACUAGCUGAGGUUAAAAGAGAAACAAAAGAAAAAGAAGAGAGAGUAAAAACUCUGACAAAAAUUAGUAUUCACGGUUCUAAAUGAAUAUUUUUAUAUUUUUCAGAAAAUGAAAGCGCAUUUCUUCAAGUUUUCUAUAGUAUUUUUUACAAAUUCUUAUGAGAAAAAAUGAGAUCCAAAUUGACGUUGGGACAGUAAAAGGACACUGAAUGGGGAAAGGCUAGCAUAGAUUUAUCUUCACAGUCUGGAGUUUAUUCCUUAUAUUCAUUUUAUCCAUUACUUGUAUACUAUUCUUUCCUGUUAGUCUAGUUUGGAGGUGCAAAUUGCCAUUUCAGGCCCACAUGCUCAAUUUUGUAGAGUCUUUUCCAGGCCUCCUUCCUCCCACCUGGACGUCCUCACUAUGCCUUGGAGAAAGGCAGGGGCCAGGGAAAGAGCUGAUCGGCUAUCUCUAUUUUCCAUGGCAGAGAUGUCUUCGAGGCGUGAAACAAGUUAGAGGAGCAGAAUAGAAAAGGAAGAGACUUUUGCAAAAGGCUCAAUAAUUAUGAACACCUGGGCUGGGGCAGCAGCCUUUUCUCCCCAGCUGCCUGUGUUCGGCUCUGUAAGUAGAUCACUUACUAAAUGCUUCAGGUGAUUGUCUGCGUCUCCAUAAUUGAAAGUUGGUAGUAGUUGUAUUCUUAAUGAUGUAGAAGGCUUACAAUAAUCACAUUAUGCUUCUAUUCUAUCAUCUAAAACAAAUCAUUAAAACCAAUUUCAAGCUAAUUGUUCAUUAUAAUUAUGCUCAGAAGUCUAUUUAACAAGCCCUAGCUGAACUUAGGCAGCACAGUCGGUGUUAGGAGAUGUGACUCUCACAGAGAAGAGGCUUAAAGAUGGUUUCUCCUGAAAGCCACGCUUUAUAAGGGAGAAAACAAUUUUAAUUAAUAGCGCAGGUUAAAUAUACUCAUUUAAACAAACACAAGAGCAUUUGUAACAGGAAUGGUUAUACAAAUAGCACAUUUGUGAUAGGUUGUGAAGUGUCUCUCUUGGCAGCUAAGUACUUUUGAGGAAGAUUGGGUAAUGCCCAUGUGUUUCAUUCAUGAAACUGUAUUUGAUAUGCAAUCCUAUUAUUGAUUUGUAUGCACAGUGAAACCUAGAGAUUAAAACGUUUGGAAGGCCUUAUUUGAUUGAGCAUUUGCACAUUGACUUGAAGGGUAGUUUUUGUUUUUAAGUAACUGACAUAAAAAAGCACAAAUUCCCUAUGUAGGGAGACUUUUCUCUCUUAUUAUUGCUAUUAUUAAAUUUGGAACAAUGUCAGUGUUUUAAGGAAGGAGCUCAGAAUGCAAAUUCAUGCACCAUGAAUGUCACCAAGAACUUUUUCUCUUAUUAUGCUCUGUUGAAAUUCAAGAUAAUAAUUGAGUUCAAGUUGCUUUUCCACGUUGCUUAUAAACUUUACUAAUUAUAAAAUUCUACCCUAAAAGAAAAACAUUUUCUUGUUUGCCUUACAAUAUAGAUGAAUAUUUCUACUGAUGGUGAUAAUAGUGUUGAUUUCUACACAAUGUAAAUACCCUGAUAAGCCUGGCAGGUGUGGCUCAGUGGUUGAGCAUUGACCUAUGAACCAGGAGGUCACAGUUCAGAUUCCCAGUCAGGGUUCAUGCCUGGUUACGGGCUAGAUCCCCAGUGGGGAGCGCACAGGAGGCAGCCGAUCAAUGAUUCUUUCUCAUCAUUGAUGCUUCUCUCUUUCUCUCUCCCUUCCUCUCUGAAAUCAAUAACAAAUAUAUUUGAAAAAAAUAGCCAAAUAAAAAGAAAAACUUUAAGUCAAUUAGGUGGAGGAUUAUAACGAUCUUUUAUGUCCUCCAGAUAAAACACCCGAUUAACAGAUGUUAAAACUUUUUUAUGUAUUGACUUGCUAUUUGAAAAUGGCCUUCUUAUACACUAGCUCAGGCCAAGAAGGCACAUUGGAGGGGUUAGAAGAUAAGACUCCGGAGCAGGUGUUUGAUCGCACACAAGAAUUGCAUGAACAGAACACCAGGCAUCCUGAUGAUGACCUGAAAAAUACUUUGUGUCUUGAUUUUAAAAAUCUCAAUAAUUGAAUCCAUUUUGAUUUUGACAGUAUUCUAUAUAAAGAAGAAAAUGACUGAGAAUCUGAAAUGUUGUAGGCUGUUCUUUAAAGAGUGAAAAACUAGUGCUUUAAAGUUAAUUCCUAAGAAUUCAGCACCACUGGAAGCACACACUGAAUACCUUUAACAAUGUUUUAUAGCAAACACUACAGAUUUUUAUAUUCAAAAAUUAGAAUUCUACACAUUACUAAGGUGCUCUAUGUUUUACAAGAGAUUCACAGGGUAUUUCAAAUAGCAAAAUACUUUAGCUGAUGGGCUUGCUUUUUCUAAAUAAUGCAACCAGUAAGAACUGACAUGGCAAUAAGCUUGAUAAUAAUCAGAAUAAUAUAUAUAUAUAUAUAUAUAUAUAUAUAUAUAUAAUGGGGAUUUUGCUAUUGUGUAAUCGAAUCAUUCUUAAAUGACCAAAGAAAUGAAAGUUGUAAGUUAAAAAAGGAACAAAAGGAAAAGAAAAGAAAGAAGCAAAGAAAAGAUUCCUGUUCUGUGAGCUCACUGUGUAUUGAUAUGUGUAAGAACUGUGUUACGUGAAUAACAAACUGCUUUGGGCUUGAUUUGAAGUAUUUUGAGUUUCUGUUUUGCAAAUAUUGAAGUUCCGAUAACGGCAACAGAAAAGGAACAGACACACAGCUUUACACUUAGCAAAAUGUUACAUUUAAAAUCUGACAGGAAGCCAAGAUGGUGACUGUCUCCUCUAAACCAUAAAACACUCAGAUUUGUGCAAUCCUCCUCCUCUUCCACCUCCUUCAGGAGAAUUAAAUGAAUCAAGACUUUGGAAAGAGGGGAAACAGCCUGGACUUGGCAGUACUUGAAAUAGGAGGAAUACAGCAGCCUAAAUGUACCGACUUUGUAACCGAGCCCACUCGAUCAGUCUGUGCCUUCACAUGACCACCAUCUGUGCCUCCCCCGCUCCAUCCAAAUUUGUGUAGGCGGCUCCUUGGAGCCAGGCCUAAAAAUAUAGUUACACUAGGCCCUAGAAACUGUAGUCAAGUCACAGGCCUAACUUUUCUCCUUCUUUGGAUUAAAAGUCUAUAUUCUUUCUUGAGGGAUUGGUUCCCAGCUGUGCACGUCAAUGUGUUUGUUCUGAUGGCCAGUGCCCAUUAUAUGUGAGUUCUCUGUUCAUGUCCAGGACAUCAGAAUCUUUUAUUAUUCUUACUAGAGGCCUGGUGCAUGAAUUCAUGUACUGGGGGGGGUGUCCCUCAGCCUGGCCUGUACCCUCUUGCAGUCAGGGACCCCAGGGGUCCUUAGCGCAGCUGUGAAGGGGGGAGAAGCUCCCACCACCUCCACUGCACUCGCCAGCUGUGAGCCCAGCUUCUGGCUGAGCGGUGCUCCCCCAGUGGGAGCACACUAACCACCAGGGGGCAGCUCCUGCUUUGAGCAUCUGCCCCCUGGUGGUUGGUGCGCACCAUAGUGACCAGUCCUUCAGCCGUUUGGUUGAUUUGCAUAUUAAGGUUUUAUUAUAUAGGAUACUUCCCUUUUUGCAUGCAGUGUAUCUUGAAUAUGUUUAUAGGUCUUUAGUAAAGGGUUGGGUAGAGGGUAUACAAAGGAAAUUCUGAGGGACAAUGGUGAGCAGUAUUUAAAGAAAAUCAUGCCCCAGCUGGUUUGGCUCAGGGGAUAGACCAUUGGCCUAUGUACUGAAGGGUCCUGGAUUUGAUUCUGGUCAAGGGCACAUGCCAGGGUUGUGGGUUUGAUCCCCAGUAGGGACGUGCAGGAGGCAGGUGAUUAAUGAUUCUCUCUCAUCAUUGAUGUUUCUAUCUCUUUCCCUCUCCCUUCCUCUCUGAAAUCAAUUAAACACACACACACACACACACACAAACAUAUAAUAAAGAAAGAAAAAAGGAAAAUCAGAAAAGAAUUUCAAUGGAUCAUACCCUAUCGGGAAGUAUACCUUGACCUUUUGUAGGGAUUAUCUUGGCCUAUUGUUAUGUAGCCAUACAUUUCUAUGCCAUGUUGGCUCUCAGUUCUGACUAUCCUCAAAUAACUCUAUCAUUUUUAGAUGUACACUGUAUAUUCAGGAUACUUUUAAAAAGAGCGGAUAGCCCUAACUGGUUUGGCUCAGUGGAUAGAGCGUCGGCCUGCGGACUCAAGGGUCUCAGGUUUGAUUCCGGUCAAGGGCAUGUACCUUGGUUGCGGGCACAUACCCAGUAGGGGGUGUGCAGGAGGCAGCUGAUCGAUGUUUCUCUCUCAUCGAUGUCUCUAAAUCUCUAUCCCUCUCCUUUCCUCUCUGUAAAAACAUCAAUAAAAUAUAUUUAAAAAAAAAAAGAGCGGAUGGCCAAGUACAUUUAGCCACAGUGGAAACAUUAUUUGGAUAAAGACUCAGUGGUCCACCCUAUAAAAUGAAUAUCCUGAUUUGUUUCUUCUGAUUUUCUAGUAAUUUAUUAUCUCAAAUGAUUAUCCCCUUCAAAAAUAUCGGUCUGUGCUUUGGUGCUGUGGUUUCAUUCUUCCGGCAAUGAUGAAAUAGUGAUUAGAAAACAGUUCUUACCUCUGUGUCUGAGGUGGUUGUUUUUAAAGGGGAUGUGUAUCAUGUGGAUUUUCUUUGUUAAUAAAAUUUUCAUAAUCCCUGAA